AGGCGCUGAGAUAAAUAGGGCGAGGUUUUUGUGCUGUCCCCCUCAGACCAAAAGCCUAUUGCAGCAGCAGCAGCAGCAGCAGCAGCAGCUUAUCAUUGUCCAAAAAGGACCCGCUCGACUGAUGAUGAGUUGAUACCGUCAGAGCCAGAAAGAAAGAAAUAAAGAAAAGAUGAAUGUGAAUCUUUGAUCCACAAAUCCCCUCGUCUCACCUCUCUUCUUGUCCCCCGACCCGCUGCAAUCACCAUGUAUAAUAAAAAACAAUAGUCCUCAAAAGUUCCCUAUGUUUGGGCGAUUGUGCCGUCAGAUUUUUCUAUUUUAGCCCCGAAUUCAGCGGGAGGUGAGGUCCCACCUGACCUAAAGAAGAAGAAGCAGAAGCAGCAGAAGGUAUCCGGGGGGCUUGGAGGAAGAAGAAGAACAAGAAGAACAAACGUGGAAAAAGAUAGACGCCCCCCUCAGAUUAGAUUGGUGUAUUUUACUUCAAUCGUCUUCUGUUUCUGCUGUCUCUCUCCUCGAUCGAUCCAGCUCGAUCGCUGAAUGCAGGACUUACUAGUUUUUAGCUGCGAAGGUUCUGAUAAUUUUGGAAUACAAACGAUUCUAUUGGAAUGAAAUUUCUGCUAUGACUGGUAUGGACGGAAAUACAAGAUACGAGUUGACAUCAGCCAGUCCCGACUCCAGUUUUGCUGGGAACUAUCAAAAUGGGCAGAGAGGAUAUUCUGCUCCCACUUUGGGUAGGUCUUCAAGUUUCAGAGACGGUUCCGAAAGUAGGAAUAGUAGUACUGGAAAGGUAAAUUCAGGUUUUACUGCUACCUCAGCAGGUGAUGGGCCUCCAUUAUCUCAAUGCCUUAUGUUGGAGCCGAUUGUUGUUGGUGAUUCAAAAUGUGCCCGACCUGCGGACUUGAGGAGGGCCUUGAAUUUUUCUGUUGGGAGCAAUUCAGAAGAAAGCUCUUUAGGUGCUGCUCAUAUGAAGAAUUCAACACCUUUGGCUGUAGAGGAACUAAAGCGAUUGAGAGCAAAUGUCUUAGAUACUUAUGCUAAAGCAAGUGGUAGGGCCAAAAAGUUGGACGAGCAUUUAAAUAAGUUAAAUAAAUAUGUUGAGACUAUGCCACCUAAGAAGAAGAAGCCGCCACAGCAGCAGCGGAAUGAACUGAUGACUAACGAACGAUCUAGUGGGUCAACUUUGAAGAUUGGAUCUCAGAUGCAUCGAAAUGCUUCAGAGUUAGGAAGCCAGAAAUAUGAUGACCGACCUAAAAGUGCUGGCCUCAAUAAACGGUUACGUACAUCGGUGGCAGAAAAUCGGGCAGAAUGCAGGAAUAAUGGGGUGUUGAGGCAGCCUAUGAUGAUGACAAAAGAAAGGGACAUGCUUAAAGACAAUCCCGAUUCUGAAAUGGUAGAGGAAAAAAUAAGGAGGUUACCUGCCGGUGGAGAAGGCUGGGAAAAGAAAAUGAAACGGAAGCGAUCUGUCGGUGCUGUAUUUUCAAGGUCUGUUGACAAUGAUGGGGAGCUGAAACGAAAUAUACAUCAUAAACUUUCCAGUGAAUCUAGCAUCCAGUCCAGUGAUUCAACCCAUGGUUUCAGAUCUGGAACUUCUGGUGGGACUAACAAAUUAGAUCCCAUGCCAUCCCCUACUGCAGCUGCUCGACUAGCUUUUAAAAAUGAACAAGAAAAGUAUCCUGUCUCAAGGGAUUCAUCUGGUGGACCAAACAAGGAGCGGGCCUUAGGAAAAGUAAAUGUCAAGUUGACUAAUCAUGAUGAAAACCAUGCUAUGUCCUCUAGUCCAAUAGUAAAAGGAAAGGCUUCAAGGGCUCCGCGCAGUGGAUCUAUGGUUGCUGCUAACGGUCCUCGCUUACCUGGAACCUUAGAGAGUUGGGAACAGUCCCUAGGUGUGAACAAAACCUCUACUGUCACUGGGGCUAACAAUCGCAAGCGUGCUUUGCCUACAGGUUCAUCAUCUCCUCCAAUAACUCAAUGGGUUGGUCAGAGACCACAGAAGAUCUCUCGUACAAGGAGGACCAAUCUUAUUCCUGUAUCAAAUCAUGAUGAAGUGCUUAUGCAACCUGAAGGAUGUUCCUCAUCAGAUUUCGGGCCACGAGUAAGCAUUGGUGGAAUCAAUGCUUCUCUUCUUUCUAAGGGUUCGUCUAAUGGAAACCAAAAUUUUAAAGUGAAAACCGAGAAUGUUCCAUCACCUUCAAGACUAUCAGAAAGUGAAGAAUCUGGUGCUGGUGAAAAUCGAAUCAAUGAUAAAGGUGCGGGUAGUAGAGACAUGGAAGACAAUACUGUGAAUGCUGGACAGAAUAUUGGGCCAUCUACAAUUCCAAUGAAAAAGAAUAAAAUCAUGAUUAAAGAAGAGAUUGGUGAUGGUGUGAGAAGGCAAGGCCGUAGUGGAAGGGUUUCUCCAUUUUCUAGGGCUAGCAUUUCACCUACGAGAGAAAAAUUGGAUAAUGUGGUUACAGCCAAGCCUGUACGCAAUGCAAGGUCUGACAAGAAUGGAAGCAAGUCUGGCCGACCUUUGAAGAAGCUAUCAGACCGGAAAGGUUUCUCUCGACUUGGGAAUGUGGCAAAUGGGGGAUCCCCUGAUUGCAGCGGGGAAUCUGAUGACGAUCACGAAGAGCUCAUGACAGCUGCUAAACAAGCUAGCACUUCUAGCCAUAAUGCAUGUUCAAGUGCAUUUUGGAAGACAUUUGAAGGAUUGUUUACUUCUGUUGGCCCAGAUGAAAAGUCGUUCUUAUCAGAACAGAUGAAAUUGGUUGAAGAAUCAUGCACAAGCUUGUCUCAGAACUGUAGCAAUGGCAAUUACUUUCCAGGGAAAUCGGAUGAUUAUUCCCAUGAAGAAAUGGCAUUCUCCGAUUCAAUCUCUUCCCGAAGAAAUAGAUGUUUAAAAAGUGACAUUGACUUCAAGGAUUCUGCUGAGAAAGUGGAGUUUGCUGGACAAGUUCACAAUUCUUCUCCAUACAGUGGUUUGGACGUCGAGAAGAAAUCUGAGAUGGCUCCUCCACUUUACCAAAGGUUACUGUCAGCAAUAAUAGUGGAAGAUGACAUCGAAGAGGAUGAUGAAGCUUUUGGGGAACAAAGGGGUACAGUUAAUGAUUCAUUCCUCGGUACUGAAAGUAAAUUUGCAGACAGUCUGGACUAUUGUGAGCCAGUAUUUGGUGCUCAAACUUGGAAAAAUGGUAAUGCACAUAAAAUCUUUCCUUGUAAUGGAAAUACAGAUGUUGAUAGAAGUCCUAGUGCCCAAAGCCAUUUAUGUAACGGUGAUCUGGGGCAAAGAGAUGGUUACAUGCGCCCAGAGGUUGACAUGUUGGUCAGACCUUCAACAUGCGAUUAUGCUCCCCAAGGCCUGCAAGCAGAUAACAGCGGGAUUUCUUAUGAUUAUCAGUAUGAUCAGCUUGAUCUUAACGAAAAAAUUAUGAUGGAGCUCCAGAACAUUGGCCUGUUUGUGGAUCCUGUGCAGCCAGCAGUGGAUGACAAAGAUGAUGAAAUCAGUCGAGAAAUUGCUCUACUUCAGGGGAAGUAUAAUGAACAGAUUGUAAAGAAGAAGGCUGCUCUGGACAAAGUAUGCCAACGAGUUCAAGAAGAAAAAGAUACUGGAAGGAACAUGGAGCAGUUAGCAAUGGACAGACUUGUCGAGUUGGCAUACAAAAAACUUUUGGCAACUAGAGGAAGUUUUGCUUCCAAACAUGGGAUACCUAAGGUGUCGAGACAAAUGGCUUUGGCAUUUGUCAAGAGGACACUUGCUAGAUGCAAUAAAUUCGAAGCUUCCGGGACAAGUUGCUUUUCCGAGCCUCCUCUCCGCGAUGUUGUCUCUGCCCCACCUCCUCAAUUUUCAGAGACUGAGCUGCUUUCUUUCGAAAAUGGGCAAUUAAUGAACAAAGGAAAGAAAAAGGAGGUGCUUCUGGACGAUGUUGUUGGUGGGAGUGCAUUCAGAGGCAUUUCAGGCAGUGCGAAGGGGAAGAGAAGCGAACGCGACAGGGACAAGGAUGAUCCGAACAAGAACAUUGCCAAGACGGGGCGUCUGUGUCCAGGCGGAUCCAAAGGUGAGCGGAAAACAAAAUCGAAGCCCAAGCAGAAAACAGCGCAGCUCUCCACAGCCUACCCCUCUGUCGAAGCUGCUACAGCUAGUAGGAGAAAAGAUGUUCGAUUCAUGUCCUGUCCUAAAAAGGAGAUGAAAGAACCUACUUCGGACUUUGCUAUUCCCGACAUACAAGGCAUGGAAGAACUUGGCGUGGACUCUGAGACCGGCGCUCCUCAGGAUUUGAACAAUUGGUUCAAUUUCGACGUGGAGGGACUGCAGGACCAUGACUCGGUGGGACUCGAGAUACCGAUGGAUGAUCUGUCGGAGCUGAAUAUGUUUUGAAGACAACCUUGGAGCUGGUUGGUAAUGAUUAUUAUUGUAUUGUUAUUGUUAUUGCAUUGUACAGUCGUUUCUGUAACAAUCUGGGGAUGUUUUUAUUGGGCAGGGAAUGGGAAGGGAUGAUUUGAAUAGACAUUACAGGUCAGGACAAAGACAAGACGUAGACUGUGGGGUUUUUUUUAAGUGUUUUGACAGCUAUAAUUUAUACAUGAACUCUUUUGUUGCUAUUGAGGAUUGUUUUCUUCUCA